AUGCAAAUCGGCCUUUAUCUUCCAGUGGUGGUUCUCUCAGGCUUUUGGGCACUUGUGUUGAUUCUUGGACCCCUUUUUGUACCCAAAAGUCCUAAUAGAGGUACUAUUGGUUUUCUGUUUGGAAUGUUAGUUGGAUUGAAUGUUGCCAUUAGUGACAUGAGUACUGAUGUUUUUGCGACAGUGGGUGGAAUAAAGGUGACAAUUAGAUUUCCCGCAUUGCUCUUUAGUCUCACCUUGGUUUCUCCGUUCUGCUUUAUUCGGCGCAUCGAAGCUCUUAGUGCGGCUAGUUCCGUUGCAGUAAUUCUUUAUUCAAUCUUCUUGCUGAGCUUGGUAAUUGGAUACGCGGUCCCGAAAAUUCUUUCCGCUGACUUCGUUGUUCUGCACUUCCGACUGUGGCGACCUGAGGGCCUGGUCCAUUGCGCACCAAUUCUUGCGAGCUCCCUCUGUUGUCAAGUACAGGUAAACACCAUUUAUUCAAGUCUAAAGAGCGCGUCUUAUUAUAACAUGAAAAGAGUGCUAGUGUGGGCCGUUGGAUUCAUUUUGAUCUGCUAUUUGACGGCGGGCUUCUUCGGGUAUAUUGCAUUUUACAACGGACCCGGAAGCACUGUUGCGGGAAACAUCCUGAACAUGUACCCUGAAGAUUUCCAUGCAGCCUAUAUUCGGUUGAGUUUUCUGUACACUAUGAUGGCGUCAUUCCCAUUGAUUCUUUUUCCUCUUCGCACUUCUUUGCAUAGCCUCCUAUUCGAAGAGUUUGACAAUGGACCAUUAUGUGCAGAACCCGGCCUAGUGAUCCCGAACUCGAGGUUUCGAUGGCUUACUGCAGCCACCAUCGCAAUGUCUGUAAUCGUCAGCCAAACCACGAACAGAGUUGAGGUGAUUUUGGCCCACACUGGAAGCCUAGCGGGAGCUCUCAUCUGCUACGUUCUUCCGGCCGUGAUACACCUCCGUGCUGCUGGGACAAUCAUGACGCUCGCAAGCGGUCUCGCGAUUUGCCUUUUGCUUUUCGGUUUUUUUGUACUUAUUAGUCCGAUCCUCACUCUCCUCUGUGUUGACGCGUGA